UUGCCACUGACCAUCCACACCCCCGGCCCCUCGCCAGCGACCGCAGAUCCCCAAUUCGCUUCCUCCCCCUCCGCGAGCCGAGCUGCGACGACGGCGGCCGCGGCGUCUCCCUCUCCCUCCCUCCGUCCCCCCGCCGCAGAUUGGGUCGAACGCUUCUUCUCCGGCCAGCAGCGGCGCCGUCGCCGGUGCCAAGGUCGAGAGGCCGUCCGCGCUUCGUGGCUUGCUGAAACAGGUCAACCCCCAAGUGAAAUUCUUAUGCAAGUGAAAUCAGGUCUUUAAGGUAGCUUACUGAAAUGUGGGGUUUUGCAUCAAAUGCUUGGACGUCUGGGCUGGGGAAGAGGAGUCCUCCAAAUUGUGCCUCUUCCAGUGCUGCUUGUUCUGAUGACGAGGCAUCCUCGUGCACAAGCAGGGAAGAAGGCCUGGAAUGCCCAAUAUGUUGGGAGUCUUUCAACAUAGUGGAGAACGUGCCUUAUGUGCUUUGGUGUGGCCACACCAUGUGCAAGAACUGCAUCCUAGGCCUUCAAUGGGCUGUCAUCAAAGUUCCCACGGUGCCAAUCCAGCUACCGUUCUUCAUCUGCUGUCCCUGGUGCAACCUCCUGUCACUCCGCAUAUUUUACAAAGGGAACCUCAUAUUCCCGCGCAAGAACUACUUUCUCCUUUGGAUGGUUGAGGGCAUGAAUGGUGAGCGUGCACGAUCACGCUCUGGUAUUUAUACUGAGCAACAUACUCCAUUGCUCCCAAGCAGCAGCAGAGCAAAUGGAAAUGCAGGUUACUCAAACCCCACUAGACGGUCCCUCCCACCACAGGCUGACACAUCCAAUGCAAAUCAUGCUAACCAUGGGAUACCUCUUCUGAACUCUGAGAGGGUCCAAGCUUCGCUGCGCAAGUCGCUUUCAUUCCUGGUUCACCUGACUGCCAAGUUUCCCCUGGUGUUCAUGUUCCUCCUCAUAGUGCUGUAUGCGAUCCCUGCCAGCGCAGCGGUCUUGUUAUUGUACAUCCUUAUCACUGUGUUGUUUGCGCUUCCCUCGUUUUUGAUACUGUAUUUUGCCUAUCCAAGCCUAGACUGGCUUGUUAGAGAAAUAUUUGCUUGAGAUUUCCUUUAGGUGAAAUCUCAAUGCUGUUGUUGGAGCUGUGUAACUGAACUGCGUAGUAUGUGUUGUAAGUGUGAAUGUUAUCGCCAAGUUUUGGCUGACUACAUGUCAUGCGUUUGCCUCAAGUUUGCAUGGAAAGGCCCCUCUGUUGCAUUGCAAA